AUGUUUCCCCACGGGGAUUCUGGGUGGCGGCCGGGGCUAACGCUCCGUAACCAGGACGGAUCCCGUCUGCAGACGUCGCUGACCCAGCAAACCUACUAUCGAUACUAUCUACACCCCCGCCCUGGGCAGACUACAAAUCCGUUCCGCUUCUACAGGCUGUUUCAGCAGUACGUUGUGGAUAUCUGGGCUAUCUGCGACCAGGCCCGGCUGGCCUGGAUCCGAGCAAACCAGGCACAGCUGCGGGCAGACCUGUAUAGCGGUGUUGCUGAUGCCGUUAUGGGCAACAACGACGCCCAGGCAGGCCCUGUUGGACGCCGCGUUGUCCUGCCGUCGUCCUAUCUAGGCAGCUCACGAUUUGUCAGCCAGUGCUAUCAGGACUCUAUGGCUAUCGUCCGUUGA